AUGACACAUUUUCUAGAUAUGGGAAAUCAGGCCGACUUCCUUAUUCUAUAUGGGUCUCAUACAGGUCAAGCAGAAUGCAUAUCGAAGCAGAUCAAGGAAAAAGCCGAACUAUUGGGUCUGAAGCCUCGCAUGUACACGUUGGACGAAAAUGAGAAAGAGUUCCACAUCGAGGAGGAAAAACUCGCAGUCAUUGUGGUGUCGUCCACAGGCGAUGGAGAUGCACCAGAAAACGCUGCUCGCUUUCUAAGGCGUAUAUCAAGAAAAACCUUGGAAUCGAACUUUUUGGAGAAGCUUGAUUAUGCCCUGCUAGGUCUUGGCGAUUCGAAUUACUCAACAUUCCAAGGAGUUCCCAACAAAGUCGAUCUACGGCUGAAAUUUCUUGGCGCUACGCCAAUAAUUGAGACCGGACAUGCUGAUGAUCAAAUGGGGUCAGUGAUGACGUUGUCUUCGUUAUGGCCGCGCUUAUCUACAACGCUGUGGAAUCAUAGAACCGCAAAGAAGACCAGCGUAUCGAUUGAUUCCACUCAACUGAGGGAACAGAGACCGAUCGAUGCGUAUCUAGUCUUCUUCGGUGUUGUUCCGAUUUACCAGCUUCUCAAGUACAAACUCAGCUCAAAUCUGAUGUUUGCGGAGUCAUUCUCAGUGAUUCCAAAAUGCUUCAGGCUAGAACUGGUUGUGGAACCGUGGAUUGAAAAGCUCUUCCAAGUACUGGUGAAACGCUUCAACCUUAAUCCUGAAGUUCUGCAACAGCUGACCACAAAAAUCGAGUUUGCGGAAAAGAAAGAAGAUCCGAAAAAAGUUGGAGUGGAAAAUGGAGAAGAUCCCACUCCAGAGCAGUCUAGGCCAUUUCUGUCUCCGCAACCAUACGAGUAUCCGCAGGUAUCCUUGAUUAAAGGGAAUGACAAGUUAUCGAAAGAUCCUGCUCUUCGUGUCCCCGUUGCACCUCAAGAAUUUUUGGUUUCAUCUGUGACCCAUGAAAAACUCAAGCAAAACCAUGGUCUUCCGUGGCAAAACGGGGCUAAAAUGGUUGGAGUAGCCACUGCACCGUACGACGUCACUGUUGUUGGCACUUCUCGGUUGACAGAUGCAGAUGUGGUGAAACCCAAGCAUGAGUUAAUACUGGAUUUGGGAGGUCCUUGCACAUUAAUUUUUGUGAAUUUUAGUCCAUCAUUCUUACCUACCCUACGAACCGGGCGAUGCGUUCUAUUUCGUUAUUCCAAAUCCUUUAGCCGAAGUGAAUUUCAUUUUGGACAGGUCAAGAUACCCGCCUAUGCUGCCUCCUACUGGGCUUGUACACCUGGUCUUAACUUGGAAAUUUUCUUCAGAAUGGGAAUGCUUUCUAUUGCUGACCAGAAGUGUACCGUUUCCAUCCAUCCAAACACUCAAAAGAUAAAUCCUACGCUACCUGCUCAUGUUCCCCCAGAGAGUUCGUU